UUUACCCACACUCACAGCAGCGAUAACUGUUGACAACCGGACAUUUUAUUGAAGCUUUAAGACUUAUUUGUGAAAAUGGUUAAACGAUGCGGAUGGGGAAUAUGUUAUGCGGAUGAAAGGUAUCCGGAGGGACUAAAUGGAGGCCGAUUUAAACGAUUUCCUACCUAUAAUCCGACAUUGAAAAGUGCAAAUGCUGGAUUAAAGCCUGUGGACGGCCACACGAGAAACUGAAUGUUAACAGGAUAAACCAGCACGAAGAUGUCUGCUCGAAGCACUUUCAUGGAGGAAAUGGACCAUCUAAAGAGUAUCCUGACCCAUUAUCAGCUGAUGGCUGGAGAAAAACAUCUUCAAGAAAACUCCACACAAAGCGGUCACUUGGAAAGGAAACUUAUGGCAGCAUUUAUACACAAAAUGCAAGUGUAUGCAUUUUAUACAAGAUAUCACAUGCCUAGAAAAGCUGAUCCAGGAUCCUGCAGACACUGUACAAGGAGUAGAAACACAGACCGAAUGUCCAUGGACAUCACCUUUGGAUAUGUUUGCAUUUACCGCUCAGAAUGCUUCCCUAAAAGAACAGUUGUCACAAAAAGAAGUCCAAGUUGAAGAAUUACAGUUUGCACUUUCAUCAAAGUGUUGUGAAAUUCAGAUUUUAAAGCAACUGGUGGGAAUAUAAACAAACUUUAAAUGUCGAUAUAUUUCUGCUCAAAGAAGCAAGAGUUAAAAUUUGUUUAAAUAUUAUACAGGAAUCAUAUGAUUUUAUUUCUGCUUCUUUGAUAUAAUUGAAUAACUGUUAGUUUAUUUAUGUUUGGAAUAAAGCAUUGUAA